AUGUCCCGAGCCCCUAGCGCAUCGAAAUCUCGUCCGAUGUCAGCAAAACCCGAUGCAUCUACUAAACCACGGAUUCAUGUGAUCUAUUACUCAAUGUACGGCCAUGUCUCUACUCUGGCCAAACAAAUCGUUAAAGGUGUUGAAUCCGCUGGUGCUGAAGCACAUCUUAUUCAAAUUCCCGAAACUCUGUCAAAAGAAGUUCUAGCUAAAAUGCAUGCACCCGAAAAAGAUCAUAGUAUAACGACAAUCAGUUUCGGAGCAGGCGGAGAAAAUACAAUUACAUUAGAAGAUGCAUUGGUGAAUUGUGACGGUAUUCUAUUCGGGUAUCCUACCCGUUUCGGUGGAAUGCCAGCUCAAGCUAAAGCUUUAUGGGACGCAACUGGUGGCCUGUGGAUGAAAGGUGCACUCGUUGGAAAACCGUUCGGUGUGUUCAUUUCUACAGGUACUCAAGGUGGCGGACAAGAAACAACGAUAUUGACAUCGUUAACGAAUUUCGUCCACCAUGGCAUGGUUUUUGUACCGGUUGGUUAUUCAAGCCCAUUACAGGCAAAUAUGGAUGAACUUCAUGGUGGUAGUGCUUAUGGAGCAGGAACAUUUGCUGGUGGCGAUGGAUCACGGCAGCCCAGCCAGCUUGAAUUGAAAGUAGCUGAACAUCAAGGAUCGCAUUUUGCUCAAAUAGCAACGGCAUUAAAAAUAGGCCGAGCAGCUUUGCCACCGAAGGAAGCGAAUCCUCCCGAUCCGAAACAAGACGAUGCAGCGAAAAAAUCCGAUCGCCCACCAUCUGCUAAGAAGUAA